AUGUCGACCUCUUCAGGAUCACCAGAGUCCUGGAUCUCUUCCUUUUGCUCCCUCCUCGGCCACGAAUACUUUGCCGAAGUGUCAGAGGACUUUAUCGAAGAUGACUUCAACCUCACUGGUCUUCAAAGCCAGGUGACUAUGUACAAGGAGGCGCUGGAGAUGAUUCUCGAUGUUGAACCAGAAGACGAUGAGGAUGACGAGGACGAGGAAGAGGAGGACGAGGAGGACAUUUCAGGAGAUGGACGAGAUGGUCUUGCCGGUCGCCAUGAACGCCGACACCACAGCCGCAUAGCUAGCGACCUAUCGGUCAUUGAGUCCUCGGCCGAGAUGCUCUACGGCCUCAUCCACCAGCGGUAUAUCUGUUCCAGGGCCGGCAUCCAGCAAAUGUCGGAAAAGUACGAGCUCAGUCACUUCGGAGUAUGCCCCCGGACGAACUGCAACCAGACGAGAACGCUGCCAGUUGGCCUCUCGGAUACGCCUGGUGAGGACACGGUCAAGCUCUUCUGCCCAUCGUGUCUCGACGUCUAUGUACCCCCUAACAGCCGAUUCCAAACGGUCGAUGGCGCCUUCUUUGGCCGCACCUUUGGCGCUCUCUUUCUUCUCACCUUCCCAGAUUACGACUUGACAAAGUCAGGAGGCGAGCAGCUUGCGAACCUUACUCGGACUGACGAGUCGCUAAACAUCAAUGGCAUGUGGGCGCGGAAUAUUGCGCCUGGUCUGGGCAAAGGCAGGGUCUACGAGCCAAAGAUUUAUGGUUUCAGAGUUUCGGAACUGGCACGCUCCGGGCCACGAAUGCAAUGGCUGCGGAAAAAGCCAGAGGAUAUCACGGUGCUGGACGAAGCCCGUCACUUUGCUGAAGAGGAUGGUGACUCGGAUGACGAUGACGAGAACAUGAACAUGAGUGGGAGACCGGUGACCAGGAGACGUCGAGCAGGAAAUGCGAGGGUGAAGAGACAAGGGCAAAAUGGGAGCCCCAUGGCCACCGAGGCCAAUGGCGCCGAAUCGGAACUCUAG